AUGCUGACCGAAUUCGACGAAACAUGUGGAUGCAUCAGUCUUCAACUGAAUCUGCAAAAGACGAUGUUCAUGGGGAACGGAUGGGUCUCGGAUGCCCCAUUCACGUUCAACGGAACGAACAUAUCCAAAUGCACCAGCUACGUGUAUCUAGGUCGAGAAUUGAACAUGAUGGACGAUCUGAUUCCCGAGCUGGGCAGGAGGAGACGAGCGGCUUGGGGAACGUAUAAGAGCAUCGCAGGAGAGUGA